UGAAGUGAAUGACCAAAGCCCUAGCUUUUGUUAUGUCUGUCCAUUGUCCAUGCGGCAAAAAAGAGCUUAGGCUUGGAUUCUACUCGUUUAAUCUCGUACUUUCUCUGCGAUGUGAAUUUUGUUCACACCGCUACUGACGUCCUUGGCUUGAUGAGCGGUGUUUUGCUAGGCUUGCCGGGGCCAUGGGCUGAGGAUAGCCGUGAGCCCUCUGAUCAUUAUACUACCAAAAUUGGUGGACUCCCUGAUUGGCCUCUUCCUAUAGAGGCUCUCAACAUAAACCCUACUCUCCUUCUCUGCACUCAGUGUGGGAGUAAACUAUGUCUUGUUGCUCAGGUUUAUGCUCCAGUUUCAAGUGGAGCUUUGAACAUUGAAGACCGUCUUCUUCUUGUUUUUGGUUGUGUGACACCAAAUUGUGGUAGCUCUCCUCUCAGUUGGCGAGCUCUUCGAAUUCAGAAAGUGGAAACUGAAUCAAAGGAAUCAUCUUCCUCUGCUAAUGUGGAUAAACCACCUGCAGCUUCAUCUACUGUUUCUCUUUCACAAACUAACUGGUGGGAGAAUUUGAGUGAUGAGGAUGAUGAAGAUGUGGAUUUGAAGGACUUGAGUAAAGCAUUUUCUGAAGUUGCUAGCUUGAGUUCUGAGCCCAAGAAGACGAAUAACAACCGGAACUCUGAGGGUGCUAUGAAGCAUUCAUCUUUAACUGCAAAAACAAGAGGGGUGGAUACUGAUACUCCAGUAAUGCCAUGCUUCUACAUUUAUAGUCAGAUGGAGUCAUCAUCAAAGAAUUUUGCUUCUGUGUGUUCAAAUCACUUGUCACUUCCAGUCAAGGAGAAAGAAGGUGAUGUCGAUGAUCAUGGACAUGGAGAAACGUGGGAAGCUGAAAAUUAUGAGUAUGAUAAGGCUCUGAAUGCUGACAGAACUUAUCUCAAGUUCAAGAAACAAUUGGAUGCAUCUCCAGAGCAAUGUUUCAGAUAUGCAUUUGGCGGGAAACCUCUUCUGGCUACAGCAGAGGUGGGAAAUGCUGGGAAUUGCGGGCUUUGUGGUUCUUCAAGGCACUUUGAACUGCAGCUUAUGCCCCCAUUAAUAUAUUUUCUUCAAGAAGAAGCUGACCUUUGUCAUAAAGGUUCUCUGGAGAAUUGGAAUUGGCUAACGCUGGCUGUCCAUACUUGUUCCAAGAGUUGUUCCAAGUCAUUUGAUAAAGAGCAGUCCACCUAUGGUGCUUGGUUUGUUGUAGAGGAGACUGUUAUGGUGCAAUUUGAUGAGAAGCCCUUAAACGAGCGUCUUCAACGCUAUUUCUCAUGAUUUACAAUUUGUCAAACUGUUGAUUGAAAUUCUUUCAGUGUUUAGUGUUUUUUAUCUGCAGUUUCUAUGAACCAUCAAGGAACCUGAAAGUUCACUGAUAAUAUAGCAUGGGUUUGCCAGUUUUUAUGUCAUUGACAAAUCUAGAUUGCCUUUUAGAUAUAUCCACAAGGGUCUGAAAUGUCAGUCCCCAAGAAAGCG